AUGGGUGUCCUUGCCAAAAUCGAAGAUAGACCUACACCGCCAUGCGUUUACAACUGGCGUGUCUAUCUUUCGGCCAUUGUCGCAGCUUUUUCUUCUUGCAUGAUCGGCUAUACUACUUCGUUCAUUGGUACCACAGUCGCACUGGACUCUUUUCAAGAAUACUAUGGCCUUGAUAAAUUGAGUGACUCAAAGGCUAGCUUCAUUUCAGCCAACAUUGUUUCUCUGUUCCAGGCUGGUGCUUUCUUUGGCAGUAUUUUUGCCUAUACGACAUCGUAUUUCCUUGGCAGGAGAGCGAGCAUAUGGAUCUUCAUCACCACCUUUCUCGUGGGUGCUGGCAUCACCUUGAGUCCAAGCCACAGUCUUGGUCCUCUGUAUGCCGGACGUGUCAUCUCUGGUUUUGGUGUAGGUGGUUGUACUAUGGUGGUUCCCAUCUUCCUGUCCGAGAUCGCCCCUCCUGCCAUUCGAGGCAGACUCGUUGGCUUGUACGAACUCGGAUGGCAGACCGGCGGCCUCGUCGGCUUUUGGAUCAUCUUUGGAGUCUCAGAAGGAUCAUCGCCCUUAACCGGAAGAAACCAAUUCCUGGUUCCUUUCGCCGUGCAGCUUGUACCAGCCGGUAUGGUAUUGAUCGGCAGCGUGAUGCUUAAGGAAACACCACGUUGGCUUUUCAGCAAAGGUCAUCGCGAAAAGGCCAUUAAAAACCUCUGCUGGAUUCGCAAUCUCGAACCUACCGAUCAGUACAUCAUUGAAGAAGUUGAAAUGAUGGAGUCCGCGAACGAUGAGAUACCAAAGGGCUUCUUCCAGCCUAUCAAGCUUGCUUUGACCAAUAAUAAGAUCCUUUGGCGUCUGUUCCUCGGUCAUAUGCUGUUCGUCCUGCAGAACUUCUCUGGUAUCAACGCUAUUAAUUACUACUCCCCUACCAUUUUCAGAACCAUGGGCAUCAACAGUAAUUACACCGUCGACCUCAUGACCGGUAUCUUCGGCGUCCUAAAAACUGUCAUGACUGUUCUCUGGCUCACUGUCCUUGUCGACAAGUGGGGCCGCCGCCAACUCCUCGUCUAUGGAUCUAUCGCCGGCGCCUCCUGCAUGUACAUCAUCGGCGCACUGAUCACUUCCAAAGUCAGUAACAGUAGUGGCACUACUACCACUUCAGACCACUUGUCUUCUCAAGGCAUUGCAACAAUCGUUAUGGUAUACCUGUGGACCACGAUCUACAUACCUUCGUGGAACGGAACACCUUGGGUAAUUAAUGCCGAAAUGUUCACCACCGCAUCUCGUAAUGUGGGUCAGGUAUCUGCAUCAAUGUCGAAUUGGCUCUGGACAUUCAUUAUCGCUCGCUUCACUCCAGACAUGAUCUCUAGCAUGGGGCCUGAUGGCUGCGGGAUGUACUUUUUCUUUGCAGGCAUGUCGACGUUGAGUCUAGGGUUUGUGUGGUACCUGCUUCCAGAGACCAAAUCAGUACCACUUGAUAAGAUGGACAGACUGUUUGAGAUUAAACCGGUGAGAAAGGCACAGCCGCAAUUGAUGUUGGAACUGCAAGAGGAGAACUUGGAGAUGAGCUUGCAGGCGGGCAAGAGGAUGAGUAUGUCUAGCGAGCAUAGAGCAUAG